AUGAAAGUCAACACUACAAAGCAAAAAGUUCAAAGUUCCUUAAUACAGCAUCAUCAAGCAAAGAGAGGAGAAACGUAUCUCGUAUCUCAUCUUACAAUAUCCUUACAGACUAUACGUAAAGUAGAAACAACGAGUGUGGCAAACGAUAUCGCCUUUAAAAUGAUCAGAAACGUGAAGCAGAUGACAAUAGGAAUUCAAAGCGCUUUAGGAUCAAUUGAAAGCUUUUGA